CUCUUCUCUGGAUCUCUGAAACACCGAAAGCGAAAGGAGUUGGACUUCGAGUUCUGAUAGCAACGACAAUGGCGGCCUUUAUCAGGCUCGACGAUUCCCCAAUGUUUCAGAAUCAGAUAUGUUCUCUAGAGCUGACAGCUGAUGAAUUGAAAGAUCGCUGCCAAAGCUUGUACAAGGGGUGUAAAAAUUUUAUGACAGCUCUCGGGGAAGCAUGCAAUGGAGACACUAUUUUUGCUGAUUCUCUCGAAGCAUUUGGUGGUGGAACAGAUGAUCCCGUCAGCGUAUCUGUAGGAGGUCCUGUAAUGUCCAAAUUCAUUUCUGCAUUUCAUGAGCUUGCUACUUACAAAGAGCUUCUUCGUUCUCAAGUAGAGCAUGUCUUGAUUGAUCGGCUGAUGCAUUUUAUGACAGUUGAUCUGCAAGAAGCGAAGGAUUCUCGAAGACGUUUUGACAAAGCUAUACAUGCCUAUGACCAGGCACGAGAAAGGUUUGUAUCAUUGAAGAAAAACACCCGAGAAGACAUUGUUGCAGAACUACAGGAGGAUCUAGAAAAUUCAAAAUCAGCAUUUGAGAAAAGCCGCUUCAAUCUAGUAAACGCACUAAUGAAUAUUGAAGCAAAGAAAAAGUACGAGUUCUUGGAGUCUGUUAGUGCAAUUAUGGACGCUCAUCUAAGAUACUUUAAGCUGGGUUACGAGUUAUUGAAGCAACUGGAACCAUAUAUUCACCAGGUAUUAACAUAUGCACAACAAUCUAAAGAACAGGCAAAAGUUGAACAAGAUAGACUUGCCAAAAGGAUUCAAGAAUUCAGGACACAAGCUGAGAUGGAUGCUUUACGAGCUUCCAGUAAUAUAGACCCUUCUGCGGGUGUCAAUGUCAUUCGUGUUUUUGGUAUGAAUUCUCAUAAAAGUGUAGAAGCAAUCAUGCAAUCCAGAGCAAAUGGGGAGGUCCAGACAAUCAAGCAAGGAUAUCUAUUGAAGCGAUCUUCUAGUUUGAGGGGAGAUUGGAAGAGGAGAUUUUUUCUACUCAACAGUCAAGGAUCUUUAUAUUAUUACAGAGUUAAGGGUACGAAACCCAUGGGUUCUCAUCCUCAGCAUUUUACUCGUCCAGCUGAACAGAACAGUGGCAUGUUUGGUAGAUUUCGUUCAAAGCACAAUAGAGGUGCAUCACUCAAUGAAGACAUUCUGAGCUGUCGUACUGUUGAUCUGCGUACCUCAUUAAUAAAGAUGGAUGCUGAGGAUUCAGAUCUACGGCUUUGCUUUAGAAUAAUAUCUCCAUUGAAAACUUAUACAUUACAGGCUGAAAACGAGGCAGAUAGAAUGGACUGGAUAAACAAAAUAACAGGAGCUAUUACAUCGCUUCUGAAUUCUCAAUUUUUUGACCAGCCGAGCCAUAUAACAACAAAUCCUGAAACUAAUAAAUCGACUGGCGGUGCUUCUCAUGGUGUUCAAACACGCAAUAGCCAUCAAGAUUUAGGAGACGACAUAAAAUCAAACAAAAUUGAGUGUGUAUCUAGUAUUCUCAGAGGUGUCCCAGGAAAUGAUCUUUGUGCAGAGUGCAGUGCUCCUGAGCCCGACUGGGCUUCUCUCAAUCUUGGUAUAUUGCUGUGCAUUGAAUGCUCUGGUGUUCACCGGAAUCUUGGUGUUCAUAUUUCAAAGGUGAGAUCUCUAAGACUAGAUGUCAAGGUUUGGGAACCUACGAUUCUGGAUUUAUUUCGCAACUUGGGUAAUGCUUAUUGUAACUCUAUAUGGGAAGGGUUGCUGCUGCUUGAGGAUGUACGAGCGGAUGACUCAAAUGCUCUUAUUGCUUCUACUUCAAAACCAUGCCCCAAAGAUGCCAUUCACUUGAAGGAAAAAUAUAUUCAAGCAAAGUAUGUAGAGAAAUUACUGGUCAUCAGAGAUGAAUCUGUUACUGAAAGGCCUGCUUGUUCCACAAGCAUCUGGGAAGCAGUUAAGAGUAAUAAUUUGCAAGAAGUCUACCGGCUGAUCGUGUUGUCAGACAUGAAUAUCAUCAAUACAACCUUUGACAAUGUGUUUGAUGUUGAUUUACAUCACCAUGUUGAGGCACAAGAGUCCAUUUCGGGUCGAAGUGCAAUUGAAAGGAAACACUUCGAUCCGGAAUCCUGUGAUAGAAUCAAGAACUCCAAUGAGCCAGGGAAUUGUCUUCAAGGUUGCUCACUACUACACUUGGCAUGUCACUCUGGAAAUCUGCAGAUGAUUGAAUUGUUAUUGCAGUUUGGCACUGACAUAAAUUUGAGAGACUUCCAUGGAAGGACUCCAUUGCACCAUUGCAUAUCCAGUGCGAAAAACCCAUUGGCAAAGUUUCUACUGAGAAGAGGUGCACGUCCGUCGAUCAAAGAUGGAGGCGGCCUAAGUUCACUGGAAAGAGCAAUGGAGAUGGGAGCAAUAACUGAUGAAGAGUUAUUCAUAUUGCUAACUGAAUGCGAGUGAACAGAAAAGCCUGGCGAGAUUAAUUGCGAGAUAAAUUGACUCGCAAUCCAUCUUCACUCUCACCCACGCUGACAAGUACAACACAAGUUUUUUAUUUUUAUUUAUUUAUUUAUUUUUAACGGUGCCUCCUUUUGUUCUUUUAUUUACUCUAGCUAUAUUUGUAUGUUGAAAUCUAUUAUAUUAUUUGGAUUUCAACUGUGUUUCAUCAGGGUUUUAGCAAGUAAAACGGAUCUUC